CUUUUUCUUGCGAUCAGGUUUUGUGCCGAAUUCAGGUAGUGACUUCAACGAGGGGGUGAUAAUUUUGCAGACCCCCGAAAAAAAAAAAGUGAUUAGCUCCGUAAUCUGUACACGACUUGAUGAUGGCUUCAGUCCACUUAACAGAAUAAUAACACAACACAGUAGUUCAGCAUAGUGACUGAUGACUCGAUGAUUGAGUGGGCGGGGCUUCUGUAGUUUAGUUCAGGUGCGUUCAGAAAGGUGUGUUAAGAAGAAAAGACAUCGGCUUCAACUGGCUUUCUAGAAAGAUGAUUUAAAAAUAAGACUGUUGUGUCUACAUGUUAAAACAAACAUGCGAUCCUCUGUGCUUCUACUACUCGUCGGGAUUUCUCUCUCAUUUGCUGGAAAACACUCUCUAAAAUAUAUCUACACUUCUGUGUCUGGAGACAAGAAUUUUGCUUCAACUGGACUGGUUGAUGACGUACAGUUUAUGUACUUUGAUAUCAACACAAAGAAAGCUUCACCAAAAACAGAAUGGGUGAAACAGAACGAAGAAUCAGAUUACUGGGGCUUUCAGACACGUUCAUUAAAAGAACAACAUCAGUGGAUUUUAAGCACCAUCUGGACAGAGUCAGCAGGUGAGCACACAUACCAGAUAACCUACGGCUGUGAAUGGAACGAUGAAACUGGGAAAACAAAUGUGUUCCGUCAGUAUGGAUACGAUGGAGAGGAUUUCUUGUUUAUGGAUAUGAAGAGGGAUAAAUGGAUAUCUCCAAUGAGGCAAGGAUUCAGCUUGCAUAAGAGGUGUGACAAUGAAACCAUCCGUUUUAAUUAUUGGAAAAACUACCUUGAAAUGGAUUGUAUCGAUACAUUGAAGAAGCUCCUGAAGCUUGGGAAGAGCAGCCUGGAGAAAACAGUCUCUCCUCAGGUGUCUCUGUUACAGACGAACUCCUCCUCUCCAGUAUUGUGUCAUGUCACACACUUUUAUCCCAGUGAUAUUACAAUCACCUGGAUGAGAAACGGACAAGAGCUUUAUAAGGAUGUGAAGGUUGGGAAACUUCUUCCCAAUGAAGACGGCACCUUCCAGAAGACUGUGAUCCUCCAGACUGAACCUGAAGAGUGGAGGAAGAAUGAGUUCAGCUGUGUGGUUGAACACCAGAGCAAAACCUUCAGAAAGACUCUGACAGAGAAGGAAAUCAGGACUAAUAAUGAAACAGCUGCUCCGGUUGACGUCACUGUUGUUGUUGUUCCUGUGGUGACUCUGUCACUGUUGCUCAUCAUUUCUGUCAUUGUGUAUUUGGUAUAUCAGAGGAAAUUGAAGUCAGGAUAUGUUCCUGCUAAACCGUCUCCCAGUGGCUCUGAAAGCUCAAGUCAUUCAUCAAUAGUGGCGUGAGACAUGAAUCUUGAGACGAGAUCAGACGAAUGUUCGAGGAGAAUCAUCAGAUCUCACUCAUAUAUCUACUAUCAUCUUCUGUUUCCCUCAUUCAUCACAUCAUUUAUUCACUUUAUGAAUAUCGAUGUACUGUUUAUUUUUAUCAUGUCUUUUUCUUGGAUAUAUUUUUAACAAAUUACCUUUUAUUAUAAAAUGUAAUAUGUAUAUAACUUUAUCUAACAGGGUUACCGAGGGCUUUUCAUAACUGUGAUUUAUUCAUUUAGCCUUGCUGUCAAUAUGUGCUUAUAUGUUACUGUUUAUUGAUAUGUAUAUUAAAGCAACAUAUCAAUAAACAAAUAUCUUUUGAGUCUUUUUAUAAUCAAGUUAAUAAUCAAUAACCAACAGCGCUCACCUCUCCCUUUCUAAGCAAAAUAGAGAAGCUACGGUGGCCGUCUGGCCGACUCAAGACAGAUGUUAGCCAGACAAGCCAUGAGGUUUCUUCUUACUUCUAACAAAGAACGGUCUCUGCUUCUAAUGAACCAGACGACCACUACUGCUACUGCUUCGUGCGUAUUCAAUGUAGUGACGAUGCAAGCUGCCACUAAAAACAUGAAUGUUUUAGAAGAAGAACAACAUAGUGACGAAACACGCUCUGUAGAGCAGUUUGUCCAUUUAGGGCUACUGUAGAAACACGGCGGCGCAAAAUGGCGACUUGACAUGGACCCGUGGUGUAUAUAGAUAGAAAUAGCUCAUAAAAACAUAACGGUUCAAUAUGUAAGGUCUGUAUACAGCACUGAAAACAUAGUUAUGUAUAUUAUAUUGCAUUUCUGUCAAGAGUUCCUCCCAAAUUUUGCACACUGCACUUUAGAAUUUAUUUUACUUUGUCGUCUUCAAACACUAGAGAAUAAUGAUGAAUAUUGUCUGUACCUCUCACUGCGAGACAUAUCAAUAUGUUUUGGGGAAGUGUCCUGUUCAACAUCAGCCUUGAAUUAUCAGUGUAUCUGUGUAUGUGUGCUGUUCUCCUGUGUUUCCUCAUGUUGGCUCCUAGAAGAGCAGUUCUGUGUCCUCAGAGGGUCACUCUGUGCCUAAACCUGGUGUCAUCUGUAUAAUAAAUGGAGACAUGCUUAUGUCUAUCAA